UCUUCCGCUAAGCUCCGCCCCCCAGAGCCUGCCUAGGCCAAGGCCGCUCUGCGCAUGCGGGUUCGGGCGGAUCCCUGCCGGGGAGUCUCCAACUGGAAACAAACCUUCUCAGGACCAUGUCGCGGCCUUGUCAGCUUCAGGAGACCGGCAGAAACAAUUUGAUAGAUGAUGCGAAAGCCCGUUUGAAAAAGCUUGAUGUUGGGACCAAAUAUGAUCACUUAUCGUUUCACAAAUACUCCAUCCUUUUGCCAUUAUUGGUUAAAGAAGGAAAACUUCACCUGCUCUUCACCCGCCGGUCGGAGAAGCUAAGAAGGUCACCUGGAGAAGUUUGCUUCCCUGGUGGAAAGAGGGAUCCCACGGACCAGGAUGACAUAGCCACAGCUCUGCGGGAAGCGCAGGAGGAGGUGGGGCUGCGUCCUCAGCAAGUGGAGGUCAUCAGCCGCCUGGUGCCUUAUCUGUUUGAAAAAGAUACAUUGGUAACCCCAGUAGUGGGUUUUAUAGACCACAACUUCCAGGCCCAGCCUAAUCCUGAUGAAGUCAAAGAUGUGUUCCUGGUGCCGCUGGACUACUUCCUGUAUCCGAAGGUCCACUCCCAGAAUUACGUCACUCACUUUGGACAUGGUUUUGUUUUUCAUUGCUUUGAGUACACAAAUCCUGAAGAUGGGUUGACUUACACAAUCAGGGGCAUGACUGCAAAACUUGCUCUAUUGGUUGCCUUAAUUAUUUUGGGGGAAAAACCUAACUUUGAGAUAGAAUUUAAUCUCGAUGAUGUCAUAGCAUCUUGUGAAAAGUCCUUCCUUCGUAAAUAUGCUACAAGCCAGCUGUGACUUACUAGAUCAAAAUCCAAAAACUAGCCAAAGGUCUCCGGGGUGAGCUUAUGCACAGAGCAUCAGAAAACACCAGGUAUAGGGAUCAGAUAGAUGUGAACAACUUUCCUGCAUAUGAAAGUAAAAACCUUGCCUUUUUUCCUAGUUGAUUUCUAUUGAUAUCUCUCUGGAAGAGCAGAAGUCUUUCAAGAGUGGAAAGUGUAUUUACAGAGUCAUUUGAUUUCCCCCACAAUAUGCUAAUGCUUUCUUAAAUGCUUAAGAGAGAGGAUCUGGCAGAUAAUAAGCUCUUGAUAACAUGUGACUAUGUGGCAUUUAUCUUAUAUGUAGGGCAGUGUCCUUUUUAGUCUGUUGUUAGAUGUGGCUGAAGCUUGGUGGCUGUCAGCACCUGCCCUCCCUUUCCUGCAUGGCAGGUGCCCCAGGGGCAGCAGCAUUCCCCAGGAUUCCUGCCAUGAAGUGGGCCUCUGGGAUUUCAUUGAGGCCAGUAUAAUGGAGGUGGGCGUUGACCUUGAGGUUGUCUCCAGCUUAAGAGACAAGCCAGUUUCCCUAGGUCCACUCUGUCUCUUCCAUGAGCUGUUCUAUGGGCUUCUCUGCAACCCAGUCUUCACUGUAUAGAUAGGAAAAUUCCAGGGGCAGUGGCAGAACCAAAAGAUGGUCAGAGCUCAGAUCUUCAAAUGACUCUAGAGUGAAGUGAUCCUCCCACCCGCACUGAUGCUUGCGAAGUGUUCCAGGAGGAAAGAAUAAAAUUCUAUCAUCACUCUGCCAUUGGAAUCUGGGGUACCUUUUUCACAUGCUUUCUGUAACCCUAAGUAAUAUUCUGUAACACUUGAAUAUUGGCUAAAUGAUCAUUUUCCAAAGCUUAAGGGGUUUGUUACAAAUAGCACUUGGCAUUCCAGUACGUAGGUUCUGUGGCGUAUAUACACAGUGCCCUCCGCGGGCCUGGGGGUUUUGCAGAUGUUAGCUAAAACAGUUGAAAUCCAGAACUCGAGAAGCCAGUACACCUACUGAUUGGGAGAGGGAACCAUCUAUAUCUCAUGAUGAUGAGGGCAGAAAACCUGGUUCCAAACACAAGCCCCAAAGUGAAAGUCAAAAGACAAACAUUCUGAACGGACUGCCUUGAGAUCCACCACUUCUGUGGGCAUCUCCGUGAACCAUGCUUUGGAGUCAGCAGGAAUGCCUUUGCUUAAUCAUGACACUGACCGUGUUGUGUGAGGUCAGAGAAGCCGACGACUAAAGCCGCACAACCACAGCUCUGGGGUGGCAGUCUCACGCCUUGCUGAGUGUUACUUAAUUUUUAGGAAGCCAAAGCAUUUUUAAGUAAGACUUUGCUCUUGCUGAAACUGCGAUACCAUCAAUCUGCCAUGCAACUGUCCACAGCUGCUGAGUUUUUAUUUUCUGAAAGUUGGCAGAGGCAAACACCCAUUCCCCUGCUCUAUACCCAUAAAUGUUUCAACGGCAUAAAUCUAGCGGCAGCCUUGAAAGCAGAUGUUGGGUAGCCACCCCAUUAACAUUCUGUAACUAGCCCUCCAUGCGCAGCCCCAACUGUUUCUGAACAAUUACAGAGGCAUUUGCAAAUGUGUAUUUACAGUCUGACAGUGGCAUAAUUGCCGGGUAGAUGGCCGACCUCUCUGGCAAUACAGAAAGCCACCCUUCCGAACUGUUUAUUUACAUGAAGCGCACAGAUCCGCCUGGCUUCUGAGAGGAGAUGGCCCAGCUGAAGUCUGCAGUCUGAGCGACAUUUGUGGACGCCCAGUUUUCAGUGCUGGAUACUUAGCAGUGGAGGGAUCAUCUUUUUAGCAGUGUAUUUUAUGACAUCUAUGUUCAGGGCUCUAAUUAAGCAACAAAUCUGGAUCAAAUGAGGGAAGUUACUGGCAAGGUGCAGAUCUCAGGGACUCUACAAAGCCCCUGAACAAAUCAACUCCAAGAAGGACAGCAGUGGGAGCCAAUGCAGCUGCUACCUCAAAAAGUAGAGGUCACAGACCUCCUUUUUGCAUCCUGCCAAUGUCUGUUAGAAUUGCCUGAUCAGACAGGCAAGCCACAGAAACUCAGUGAACUCAGUGCCGCAGUCCCCAGUUCCUUGGAAAAGACUCCCUGUGGCUUACUGCGGGGUCACCAGCGAGGUUUCCAGUAACCUGGGAGGCCUUUCAAGGGCGAGGGUCAGUGUGGGCUAGCAGACAACCCAAAGCAUCUUCUCCUUCUAAUCCUCACUUCUGUGAGUGGAUUCUGGGAUCCAGAUUCUCAGCAGCCCUGAAGUGUUGGUAAAGAGAGCCCUGACCUGGAAUCAGGAUGCUUAGGUGUGAAAACUAGCUCCAGCAUCUCCCAUUCUGUGACCUUGAGCAAGUUAUCCCUCCUCUGUAGACCUCCAUUUCCUCUUUGGUAACUUGUAGGAAUGAACUCUCUGUUCUGGCCUCUCGGGGGAUUCAAUGAGUAACACAGGAUCCUUUCACUUAAAGCACUCCCAGGGGCUCAGACGGUGCCUGGGAAAUAAGAAGGACGGAUUCCUCUUACCUCUUAAUUAUGGCAUUAUCGUCACUCUACCACAGCUGCAUCAUUUUCCCACUAGGGGGUUCUAGAACUUUCUCAGGUCACAGAGCCCUUGGCAUCUUGGUAGUUUUUCCAAGGCACAUCGAAGUCAAAAGAGACACCUAACAAUUUUGUUUAUUAUGUAGUUAGAUCCAAAUAACGUAAUAAAUGUUUAUCUCCUACUAACUUGGAAGCCAUUUAAAAAGAUACACAGAAAGAAAAAUACUGUUUUCAUUUCAGUCGUAACCACAAUUGCUCACUGAAGGGUGUGUGCACCUGCUGGGCUUAGAAGUAAAUACGAGAGCUAAUAAAUACAGUCGUAUGGUAAGAUAAGCCCACAGAAGAGGGACCCUGGCUCAGAUCUGGGACUCAGGGAAAACAUCUGGGAGGAGGCAGUGUCUGAAUUGAGCCUCGUGAACGAGGAGAUGCCACCCUAGUGAGUGGGUGGUGGUGCCAAGCCUGGGAUUAAAGUGUAUUGAGCUGCA